AUGGGAGUCUCGAAUUCCACGGAAAGAGACUACACGCACCGCACCGCACGAGGCUCCUUGAUCGGCAUUGAGGUCGUAGAUAUCCACACCAAGCAGCCAAUAUAUCGACGCUUCACUCGAAUUCGAUAUGCUUUCCCGCCACGAGGUGACAGAAGAUGGCGGAAACCGGAGCCUCUGCCACCAGAUUGGAUCUUCAGCAACGGCAACAACAACCCACGAGACUAUAGCAAGUUUGGCGCUAUAUGUCCGCAGACUGGAAUCGACGACGCGGUGCGCCCGGAGAAGUGGGCGGAAGGCGAGUCCAACGAGAUGGAUGAAGACUGUCUCUUCCUGAAUGUCUGGACUCCCCCCGGUGGUGAAGGACCGAGGGGCGGCUGGCCCGUACAGUUCGACGUGCCCGGAAGUGGCUUCCAACGCGGCAGUGGAAUGCAACACACGUUUCUGGAUCCGGUAGAUAUCUUUCGAGAGAACCGAGCGAACCCUCGCAUCGUCGUCUCGCCGAAUUUCCGCUGUGGUGUCCUUGGUUUCCUGGCGAGCGAGGAGCUACGAAUCGACAGUGAGGAUUCCAAGAGCGAUCCAUACGCAGCGUCCGGGAACUACGGGCUAUGGGACAUCCGCAUGGCCAUCGAAUGGACGUUCAACAAUGUCUUUCUGUUUGGCGGGAAUCCGUACAAUAUAUGCGUGGGUGGAGAUGGGCGGACGACGGCUUUCCAGCUCCAUUUCGAUGCCUUCCAUCCGUCUGGCAGAAGCAUCAUUCGCCGGGCAUUCUUAUUCAGCGGCGCGGUGUGUGUCCAGCCUGCGGUUGCGCAGUCAACGAAGCCACGAGCGCAGUUUGCGGAGCUCUGUGAUCACCUGAACAUCGACAACGACACGCUUCCUUCGAAAUACACCGUACGACUGCUGCGCGGCGUCUCUGCCGAAAAGCUCAUGAGCGUGGUGCAGAAGAUGGACACCACGUUCGAUCCCAUCACCGAUGGCCAGGAUGGUUUCAUCCCGACUGAUUUCAUGCAAUCGAUCUGGAGCGGAGCUCUCGGGCGGCGCCUGAAGGAGCGAACUAUACAGGUGCUCAUCGGUGACCCGAGCGGCGAAAGAUGUGUCUAUGAGAGGUUGAUGCGCAAAAGAGAAGAGGGCAUAAUACAGGGCUUCCCACGGAUUGUGCAGAAUCGACAAGCUCUCAUCACCAGCCUGAGCGCGUACUAUCCCGAGACGGUGGUCAACGCCCUGGUGGCCAAGUAUUCGAUCGAGAACAAGGACUGGAGCAACAUCCAUUGCGACAUCAUGGCCGACGUCGAAUGCCAUGCAGCGGUUCGAGGCUUCGCGCAUGGACUUGCAAAAGGCGGUAUGACGGCCCAAGACGUCCUUCGCUACCAUAUUGCCUGGAAAUGCAAGGCUCUCGACCAAUACAUCGAUCCAGGGACGGGGGUAUGCCAUGCGAUGGAUGUCCCAAUCUGGUGGCAUUCGGGCUGGAGAGCGGGCUUUUCCGAGCGCGACAAGCAGGACGUGCUCAACUUCACCGAGCCCUUUGCAAGAUUCUUGCGCGGCGACAUCAGCGCGAGAUCCGGGUGGGGAACCGAUGUCGAGGCUGAUGUCCGCCUGCUCUGCCCCGACGGAGCAGUCAUCGUUGGCAAAGAUCCGCUGUGGAAGAGCAAGCUCGAGGUCUGGAAUGUGGUGCAGAACGCGCAGAGAUCUCGCCAUGUCCGAGGAGGCAGUGCUGGCAGUACCAAGACAUUGCCCACAAUGUCUACCAUGUAUGAAUUGGCGUGA